AUGCUCUCACGUGUUGCUGCAGUGAAGGCACCCCGCACACACAACCGUCGCCGCGUGACCGGAUCCAGCGGCAUGAGGAGGGGAGGAAGGGAGAGUGAGCCGCAGAGGCCCAACAUGUCCCGGCGUGUUUUCUAUUCUGCGGUGCUGCUCUUCCUCGUUGUGAUGAAGUGCUGCGGCACUAGUGGAGCUGCGGCUGCUGGUGAGGCGUCAUCCCCGGAAUGUUCAAAGGGUAAACAUUAUGUUUGGAGAGGUAAGAAAGAUGAAGAAACAGUGAGCUCGCUCCGUGUUCCCAGUCUUUUGAAAGUGGGGAGUGAUGUGUUUGCCGCUGCCGAGGCGCAUUGCAAGGACGGUACUAAUAAAGAUUUUACUGGGAUUGCCUCGGAGCUUCUGAAGUGGACUGAUGAACAAGCAAGCAAGGAGUUGGACACAACUGAAUUGAAGACACAAGUGCUGGAGGAAUGUCCGUCCGAACAAGGCGAAUGCUCCUGCCGUAUAGCGGACCAGGCUGGCACCAAAAGCGGCACGAGAAUACAUGUGAGUAAGCCAACAACAGUUGUGCAGGGAAGUGAUAUUUACAUGCUUGUUGGAAAUUACAGUUUUGAAGGUGCCUCUGAUGAUCAGGCAGGUGGCUGGGGACUCAUGCUGGUGAAAGGGAACGUCAGUAAUAAGGAAGGAGAAAAUAACGGAAUUUACUGGAAUGACACUUACGUUAUCCCGUGGAGUUAUAAAGUCAAACAACACGAAUCUUUGAUGCGGCUGAUUGGCAGCGGUGGAUCGGAUGUUAAGAUGGAGGACGGUACGCUUGUGUUCCCAGUGGAAGGCAUUAAGUCCAAUGGCGCAGCUGGAGUAACAGACACCGUUUCACUUGUCAUAUAUUCCACGGGUAAUGAGGGUUGGAAGCUGCCGAAGGGGAUGUCUGCCGAUGGCUGCAGUGAUCCCUCCGUCGUGGAGUGGGAGAAGGACAAACUCAUGAUGAUGACUGCGUGUGAUGAUGGCCGCCGCAGGGUGUACGAGUCCGGUGACAAGGGGGAGUCGUGGACGGAGGCACUCGGGACACUCUCGCGCGUGUGGGGCAACAAACACACGGGACCUGAGAAGGGCGUUGGGAGCGGGUUCACCACAGCUACGAUUGGCGAUAACAGGGACGUGAUGCUCAUCACUUUGCCGGUGUAUUCUAAAGAGAAAGAGAAAGAAGAAAAAGAAAAGGGCAGUCUCCAUCUUUGGCUGACGGACAACACGCACAUUGUCGAUAUUGGGCCGGUAUCCGAUGAUGACGUUGCCGCCAGCUCCCUGUUGUACAAAAGUGUGGAAGGUAAGAAGGAGGAGUUGAUUGCACUGUACGAGAAGAAGAAGGGCGGUGAUCAAGAAAAAUCACUCGGUAUGGUCUCUGCGCGUCUGACUGCGCAGCUGGAGAAGGUGAAGGAGGUGCUGAAGACGUGGAAGAAAGUGGACGAACGUGUCUCCCAGAUGUGCACCUCUGAGAAGGUUACCUCAAGUGAAACUGCCUGCAGUGCUGCCAUGCCGGUGGAUGGGCUGGUUGGCUUUUUGUCCGGCAACUUCUCUGAGAACACAUGGAGGGACGAGUACCUCGGGGUGAACGCCACAGUGAAUAAUAAAGAAGGGGCGGAGCAGGUGGAUAGUGGCGUGAAGUUCCGGGGAGCGUGGGCGGAGUGGCCUGUUGGCAGUCAAGGGCAGAAUCAGCUGUACCACUUUGCGAACCACAAGUUCACUCUUGUGGCGACGGUGUCCAUCGACGGUGAGCCGAAGGGAAAUACCCCCAUUCCAUUGUUGGGUGUGCGUGCGGGCAGUAACGGGGGAAAAAAACUUUUUGGACUGUCGUACAACGGCGGAGAUAAGUGGCAAUUGCUGUGCGGUGGCGGAAAAAACAAGGAAAUCAGCAGCACAUGGAAGCGAGGGACAAAACACCAAGUGGCCAUUGUGCUACGGAACGGCACCCAUGGCUCCGCGUACGUCGAUGGUAAACGUCUGGGGAAGGAUGCGCAAUGUGAAUUGAAAAAUACAGAUUCGGAAGGGAUCUCGCACUUCUACAUUGGAGGGGAUGGUGGCAGUGCAGACAACACAAGAAGCCGUGAAGUGGUGUCUGUGACGGUGACGAACGUCCUGCUGUACAACCGCCCGCUGACUUUUUCAGGUGGGAAUGCCGAGGUGGAAGAAGUUACCGAUUCACCAUCAGCGGAGCCUGCUUCUCCAUUUGUGGCAAGGAAUCAAAAUGCGGCGCCUCCUGCAACGAUACCUCCUGAAGCUCCGGUGGGGCAAACGACCUUGCAGCAGCCUCAACACGAAGGCAAAGGGCAAAAUGCAACGGCGGAGGAAUCUGCCACUACACAAGAAGUUCCGGCGACCACAUCGCAGGGAAGUGUAGAGAAGGCGGCGGCUUCGAACUCCCAUGCCGCUGGAGAAGCAAGAGAUGAUGCCGGCAUUAUGCGUGAGAGCGGACUGCUGCCAUCGCUGCUCCUUCUGUUGGGACUGUGGGGGUUUGCAGCUCUGUGA